CCUUUUUCCUUUCUUAUCUGUGACUCCAACACCUCUCUCUCUCUAUAUAUAUAUAAAAUAUCCGAUUCAGUUCUUUUGCCCAGAGACUCAUAUAGAGAGAUUCCAAAGAGAGAACAAAGAAGAAAUUACGAUAUGGAGCGGCAACAAACAGAUGACGUUGUGUAUCAAGAGGACUUUGUUCUCAACUCGCGAGGAAUGAAGCUCUUCACGUGUGCAUGGAGACCAUUGAACAGAGAACCGAAAGCCUUGCUCUUCAUCUGCCAUGGCUAUGCCAUGGAGUGUAGCAUCACCAUGAACAGCACUGCGACUAGGCUUGCGAAGGCGGGAUUUGCGGUAUACGGGAUAGAUUACGAAAGCCAUGGAAAAUCCGAAGGACUCUCUGCUUACAUAAAAAACUUCGAUGAUCUUGUGGAUGAUGUCUCUGCUCAUUACUCUGCCAUAUGUGAGAAGGAAGAGAACAAGGGGAAAAUGAGGUAUCUAUUGGGAGAGUCCAUGGGGGGAGCAGUGGUGUUGCUUCUGCAUAGAAAGAGGCCUGAUUUUUGGGAUGGUGCCGUCUUGGUCGCACCCAUGUGUAAGAUAGCAGAUGAGAUGAAGCCACAUCCUGUCGUUAUCUCCGUUCUCACGAAACUAUCUCGUUUGAUUCCAACGUGGAAAAUAGUUCCCGGCAACGAUAUAAUUGACGUGGCUUUUAAAGAGCCCAAAGUGAGACAACAGGUAAGGGAGAAUAAGUAUUGCUACAAGGGCAAGCCUCGCUUGAAAACCGCCCACGAGCUUUUGAGGGUCAGUUUGGAUCUCGAGAAGAAUCUCCAAGAGAUAUCGAUGCCGUUUAUAGUUCUUCAUGGGGAAGAUGAUAAAGUGACGGAUAAAAGCAUAAGCAAGCUACUGUACGACGUGGCUUCGAGUUCGGACAAGACGUUCAAGCUGUACGAGAAGAUGUGGCACGGUCUUUUGUACGGAGAGCCGCCUGAAAAUACCGAGAUCGUGUUUGGUGAUAUUAUACGUUGGUUGGACGAUAGAGUUAAUGGGAGGUUAGAGAGUGAGCUUAAGCUUAAUCACGAUGCUUUGCUGAAACAUAAGUGACGGCUUUAUAUGUUUGCGUGUGUUUGUGAUGUACCAUAAAUAACUUGAUCCAAUACUUGAGAUUCAAUCUCGUUAAUUAGAUCACAAAAAAAUGAUUUUCUUGCU